AUGGCCCGGUCGUACGGCGGCCGGGUGCUGGCCGCGAUGACCCUGCUGGGCAUCCCCGCGGCUGUGCUGGCGGCGCUGGGAGCGCAGCUGCUGUUCCAGCUGCAGGCGGGCCGCGCGGAGCUGCGCACACUGCGCGCCGACGGGCUCGGCCCCGAGCUGGGUGCCGGCCCCGGGCUGCCCGAGGACGCGGCCGGGGCGCUGCUGCCGCUGGCCGCCGCGCUCGCCGCGCUCGCCCUGGUGUUGGGCCUCACCUGCCUUCUGCUCGCCGCGCUCUGCGGCCACCUGGGCGCCGAGCUGGCGCGGGGGCCCGGCCCCGGCAGGUCUGACUGGUUUCUCUAUGACUGCCGCCUCCUCAGACACGUGGCCCUUGGCCUUUUCUGCUGUGGGGUCUCUGUCUACUUAGCAGCACUGUCCAUCUAUGCCCUGCUGCUCUUUGAGAUCGAGACAGGUGCAGCAGCCGCCUCCAUCUUUGGAGUGGGUGCUCUGGUCUUGGUGGCGGCGCUGACCCACACUCUGCUCCGAGCUGCCCGGGCCACCCACCGCGGCCUCCAUGAACUGUCCCCACCGCACUUUGAAGACGACCCUGUCCACCCUGCUAGAGUCUCCAAGGCCAGCCCCAGGGCUCCGCCCCAGCAGGGUACCCACCACCGGACCCCCUACUCAUCCUUCCCAGAACCUGGGGGCCCCCUUAGACCCACGUUCGCUGCUACAGCACCUGUAGCCAUGGAGGGAGGCCGGGAGACCAGCCUGCCUUUAUCCUACAUGCACCGGACACUGUCGGUUGGCAGGGGGCACUGGGAAGGGGUCACCCACGAGAUGCACAGCAUGCUAGGCCACCGGCCAGGGGGCUCAGGGAAGGACUCCACACUGGUGUGA